AUGUAUCAAUGUAUUAUACCACCACGAAUUUUUCUGGCCACUGGCGUUGGAUUUCUCAUCGUUAGUCUCGUGCUCGGAUGGAUCUCAUUUUCCGUACCUGAUUGGCUACAAUUUCGUGAACGUAAUUUGGCGAAAGAUUCAAUAAGAAAUAUCAGUAAUGUCGAUGAUGAUAAUAUUGAAUUUAAAAAAUUUGGCCUCUGGUAUAAAUGUAUAUUUUCACAAGAUGCAAAUGAUUUUAUUUGUCUACUGUGGAAUAAGGAUGCACCUAGUUUCGUACGAGUUGCUCAAGUACUUAUACCAUUCGGUUUAUCGUUGGGAUGUCUUUCAUUAUUGGCUGCUAUUGUGGGCCUUUUAUCUCGACGUACGUUUAUUACCGCAGCACUGUUUGCGGCGUUAUUUGCAUUUUUGAGCUUCAUAUUUACAACUAUUGGCAUGACUGUCUUUGCAAAUGAAUCGUUAGUUUAUGUUGAACGCUUACGUACAAGUAAUAAUGAUAAUCCGCGACGUUGGGGAAUGUGGUUGAUUACUCCUAAUAUCGUCUUGUCCUUCUUUGCGUCACUUUGUUUUGUUUUUGCGUCAAUCUUCAACUGGUGUGAUUAUCGUAAUAUGGAAGUAACAGGAAUUCUUAAUCAUUCCGCUGACAAAUAUGCUGCAAGUGUUUUCAAAGCACCGUCCGAUAGUAAUUUGACAUCCGGAAUGAAAAAGAUUCAUCAAUAUAUUUAUUCACAACCAAUAUCUGGGCAGGACUAUCCAAAUUCGGGCUUUCAAAUCAAUGGUUCAAGCAGUAACCAGAAUCCUCUAGGUUAUCCAGCUCCCCCCAGCUACGCUACACCAUCAAAUCAACAUGGUAGUAAUGGGAUAGUAAACCCAGCAUUUCAACACACUCCUGGAUUAUUUGGAUACUCUCGACCACCUAGUCCCUUAUUUCCACAUUCGAAUAUGGAUCCUUUUCAUCAUCGACAUUUUGUCAGUGAGAAUUCGGAAAUGGAAGAUUUACCACAUACGGGUCGUUCACGUCGUCGUUCUUGUUCUCGUCAUCGUUCUACUCAUCGUUCGAGAUCGCGCAGUCCGCGAGAUGAUGCAUCCAACAGAAACAAUCCUCGCGAUAGCAACAGCAAUAACAAUGGCAGUAACAACAAACAGCAACAGCAGCAGCAGCUGCAGCCACAAUUCAUUCCGAUACCUGUUCCUUACUACCAACCUCCGGCGCAGCCACCUCCUGCCCCACCAACAGCUCCUAUGCAGCCUAUCUCACAACCAUCCAGUCAGAUAGCCAACACCUCGUCGAAUAAUACUAAUGGAAAUAACAAUACUAAUAACAAACAGCCAAUGGCAUAUGUUAUCCAGCCACCGUCGAAACAACAAUUUGUGGAAGAAAUUAUGCAAUCCCAGCCAAAAGCAACAAGUAUGAUAACCUAUGGUCCCGCACAACCAUCAUUAGUCGUAUCAAAUCCCACUCAACCUAUUUACACAAUCGCCUAUCGGGCCAACAACGGUGGCAAUCUCCUAGGCUCGAAUAUCAUCACUGGUGCACCUGCAGCAACUUAUGUAACGGCAGGAGGAACUCGUUUCAGUUCAUUGCAUGCUGUAAAUAGUGAUUCAGACAACGAUGACCGAGAUUAUCGAGUUACAUCCAGACGACGUAAUUUAAAGAAGGUUAGCGCCAAUGAAGCUUGGACAUGGCGUAAACUGUGA